AUGUACUGUAUGGACGAUUCGGUCAUAGGGUCAUACCUAACCACCACAUUCAAUUCAAAUAUUGAUUAUUUAGAAUAUGUGCCAGAAACACAACAAAUCCACCAUUGCCAUAAUACUACUACUAAUAAUAAUAUCCACUUCAACCACCACAGCAACAACACUAGCCUCUCAUACACCUCCCAACACUACCUAAGUGAUAAUCAAAAUCUAGCCAACUUCAUUAAAUAUAUCAAUGCCAAUCCUGAAUUUAAACAGUACAAUCAAUUCCAUUACCAUAGAUUACACAAUAUAUGCUGGAGAAGAAUAUACAAAAACCAUCAUAAUUUAAAAACUAUUAAUCCAUUUACUAUAAAUUGGGAUAAAAAUUCUGAUAUUACUUGGUUAUAUGCACCUAAAUUAUCACCACCAAAGGAGGAAGAAAAAGAGGAGGAGAAACUACUUUCAACUGGAUUGGAAUGUAACAAGAAAGUAUCUGCAUUUGGGUCAAUGUUGAGUGGCAAUGAUGAUGAGGGAGAAGAUACAUCGGUUGAGGAGGAUUUACAAGAUUCGGACAAUGACGAUGAUGAUGAUGAUGAUAACAUGUCGGUUUCUUCAAUAGAUUCAAACUCCACUAACUUCAGUCUUUCCUCAAGAAAAGAUUCAACUUCAUCCUCACUUUUUGAAAUGGACAAUGAUGGAAACACCACUCAUAAACAAGAGAAAACUAAACUCAAACCAAUACUUAAACAUUCAUUAAAAAAUACAACUACAACAACAACAAGAAAAACAAAAGCAAAAGCAAAAAAAGUAUCAUUCCAUUACAUAAUUAAAGCUCGAGAACUCAUUGAGAACCAUGUAUUGGAAUACAACUAUAUAGAUACAAACUGCAUAUAA